UUCCACUACCUUUUUUGCUAAUCAUAUGACUCAAAUCUUUGUAGCUACACUUCAAAUAUUCCACGUGGAAACAUACCGAAACAAAAUUGCACAAACCAUCACCUAAAUUGAACUAUAAAAAGGGAUAUAGAGUAACUUUUACCAAAAAAAAAACAAAAAAAACCUUUGAGAAUGAAGAGCAUGAUCUUGAAGCUUUUGUUAUUGGUUUCUCUUCUAGUUGUUGUCAUCCGACAAAGUUAUGCGGUUGCGGAUUAUUGCGAUGGAGACGAUGACUGCAAACUGGUAUGCAUACCACCUUACGCUUGCAACCUAACCCGACACCUUUGUAUGUGUAACCCAAACCCAAGUCAUGAUCAUGCCAGUUCUUCUGAAGAACAUUGUAUUCCAGGACACAAAGAUUGUGGUGGCAUCCACUGAAAUUGUAAUGACAAAAAUGCAUAUGUAUAUGUUUUCUGCUUUUAAAAAAAAAAAUAUUUGGAACAAAAUGAAGUAUAAUUUAUGAAAUUUGAUGUAUUAUAUGUUGAUAAUCAUGAUAUACACCGCGGAUUAAAUCA